AUGGACAAUAACAUCCACGCUCCAACUGUGGCGUCCGGGCCUGUGUCCGGGGCCGUUCCCCGCGACUUGUCUAAACUGUCGAUGCCAGAUUUGAUGCAGGAGAAAGAACGCAUCGAGGCGGAAUUGUCAGCGCUUAGUAGUGUUCUACAGUCGCAUGGAGUGCGCAUGACCUCAUCCCUCACCACCUUCGACGGUUUCCCUCGCGAUGAUAUCGACAUCGCGCAAGUUCGCACAACACGGGUACGGAUCAUUCACCUACGAAAUGACCAUAAGGAAGUGAUGCGACUUCUUGAGAAGGGGAUACACGCACAUUUCGCCAACCUACAAAAUACCCAAGCCGCUGGGCCAACUACGAAUGGCGUCAAUGUCCCGCCAGGUGUGCAGCCUUUGACGAAUAACACCCCGCUAGGAACUCCGUUCGCCAAGGUCAAUAGUGUUGUUCCAGGAAGCCCAGCAGACCAGGCGGGACUCAAAGCUGGCGACGCAAUCCGAAGUUUCGGGAAUAUCAAUUGGCUGAACCACGAGCGUCUUUCAAAGGUUGCUCAAACAGUUCAGGAAAAUGAAGGGCGCGCGGUAUCCGUCAAAGUUAUUCGGAAAGAUGAGCCCAGGUCUGAGCCCACAGAACUGGAUCUCCUACUCACCCCUCGGCAGAAUUGGGGUGGACGUGGCUUGCUGGGAUGUCACCUGGUCCCUCUAUAA